GAUCCUAAAGGGAACAGGAGGUCUCACACAUACACACAAACACUCACGCAGCACCACCAACACCUCCCCACCCCCCCACAGCUGCCACCUGACGGUCAAGCCGACCAAGAUGGGACCAUGUACGUAAGCCGACCAAUACGUUCCUUGGGACCGUAUUCCUCCCAGUUCACUAAAUAUUGGAAGCCCCUGGCCUGACAGGUACGUUAAAAAUCUUCUUGACCAGCUAAUCCGAAUGUCCGUCGAUAUCCAAUGUUGGUGGAGGAGGUUUGGAAGGGGGACAUAAGGGACUGGUAGCAACAGGUUUGAGCAAAGAGACAUGGAAGACAGGGUGAAUCUGCAGGCCAUCAGGUUGGGGCUAAGGCAAACAGAGAUAGGGCUGAGGACAGAUUGAAUUUUAAAAGGACCAAUAAACUUAGGCGAAAGCUUGUUAGAAGAUGCUUUGAGGUCAAUGUCACUGGUGGAAAGCCAAACCUUUUGUCCAGGUUGAUACAGGGGUGCAGGAACCCCUUUGUGGUCAGCCAGAUGGCAAUUCUGAACAGAAGUGCUGUCUAGAGCGGCAGAGACGUUCUUCCACGUGUGCCUACAUUUGCAGAUGAAAUGACGAACAGGUGACAGACAAUUCUUUUUCAUCAGCUGGAAACAAUGGUGGAUGAUACCCCAAUGAGGCUUCAAAAGGGGAGAAGCCAGUUGCUGAGGAGACAUGAGCAUUGUGGGCGUAUUCCACUCACAGAAGUUGUGAGCUCCAGGAGGACUGUUAGAAACACACAGGCAACGCAAUGUAGUUUCAAGCUCUUGGUUCAUCCUCUCGGUUUGGCCAUUGGUUUGAGGAUGAAAACUCAGGGCCACACUGACACUAAGGGCAUUGCAAAAUUCCUUCCAUAAAUUGGAGAUGAACUGGGGACCCCUGUCUGAGAGGACUUCACAUGGAAUGCCAUGAAGGCGAAAGACGUGUUUCAGGAGGAGUUCAGCUGUCUCAAAGGAGGAUGGCAACUUCUGGAGUGGAACCAGGUGACGGGCCUUAGAAAAGCACACUACAAUGGUGAAGAUGGUGAAAAUCCCUUAGAGACUGGAACGCUCAAACCAAAAUCAAGGGCCACAUGAGACCAGGGGUGUUUGGGUAUAGGAAGGGAGUGAAGAAGGCCACUUGGAGGCUGGCGAGUGCUCCUGGCGCAGACGGCACAAGCCAAAAUCCAGCACCCUGCUGAUGAGCCAAUUGUCUACAGCAGGCAGCAGCAACUCCUCUCUCUGCAACAAAGAUCCUAAAGAGAACAGAAGGUCUCACACGUACACACAAACACUCACGCAGCAGAACCCAACAGAGGCCAAACAUUUUCUGUAAGUCUUCAUAAGUUUGGCACACACUGUAGCUGGUAUUUUAGCCCAUUCCUCCAUGCAGAUCUCCCCUAGAGCAUUUCAUAUGGGCUUGCGAUCUGGAGACUGGCUUGGCCACUUUGGGACCUUGAAAUGCUUCUUACUAAGCCACUACUUUGUUGCAAGGGCAGUGUGCUUGGGAUCAUUGUCAUGCUGAAAGACCCAGCCACAUUUAAUCUUCAAUGCACUUGCUGUUGGAAGGAGGUUUGCACUAAAAAUCUCACUAUACAUGGCCCCAUUCAAUCUUUCAUGUACACAAAUCAGUUGUCCUUUGCAGCGAAACAGCCCCAAAGCAUGAUGUUGCCAUCCCCAUGCUUCACAGUAAUUGUGUUCUUUGGAUGCAACUCAGCACUGUCCUCUAAACACGACAAGUUGUGUUUCCACCAAAAAGUUCGACUUUGGUUUCAUCUGACCAUAUGGCAUUUUCGCAAUACUCUUUUGGAACACCCAAAAGCCAUCUAGCAAACUUCAGACAGGCCCAGAUGUGUACCAGCUUAAGCAGGGGAACAUGUCUGGCACUGCAGGAUUUGAGUCCCUGGCGGCCUAGUGUGUUACUGACAGUAGCCUUUGUUAUGUUAGUCCAAGCCUCCACACUGUGAACACAAAGGUUGUGUUCACACUGCGGCCUGAAGUGACCCAAUUACAAUUUUUUUGACAUAAUGCGACAUGUACCUGACCUUUUCAUGAUAGUCUGAAAAAUACAAGUCAGAUUUUUUUCGAAUGCAACCCAGACCACUUGAAUAUUCGAUAUGUAUCCGAUAAUUUCAAAUGUGACCUGAAUCCUAAAGGCCAGAACUUUCCUGAACGUUACUGAUACUCAACAAAUGUCCCUAUUCUGCAUCCUGAUAUUCGCAAGUGGGAAGAAAAACAACAAGUAUGGUAAUCCAUACUUGGAUUACCUAAGUAAUCCAUACACAGGAAGAAAUCAAAACAUAUAAGUUCAGAUAUUAAGAUAUGUGUAAUAAAUAUCAGAUGCCACAGAUAAGGCCUGCAUAAGAUGUUGAGGAACUAUUCCAGUAGCAAAUUGGCUACUGGAAUAAGACAUCAAUGGCAUGGGAAGAGAAUAAGGAACUGUUGGAAUGCUGCAACUCUGUUAACCCUAGCCAGCAGGUUACAUGAAAAGACUGUGGGAAACAUGGAUGUUUCGAUACCAACAGUUUAAACUAACACUGGAAAAUCUAGUAGUUCAGACUUCCAACAUCCACAAAUGGCAGUUGAUUUUACUAUUAGGGAUCCAGGAGGUGCAACACCUAAAUGGUAUGGAGCUAGGACCCAAGGUCACAUGGAGGAGGUCAGAAGUUACCACUUCCCCCCACCUUUCGCCCGCAGCUCAGUGAAAGCUCUGUCACCCCAUUGCCAUUGUUGAUACUUUGACACCAAUCCUGCACACCUCCAGUUGGCGAUGCAUUUGGCAAAUCUUUUAAAUUGCCUAUAGUCCAGUUCAGUACGAGUCCAAUGGCAAGUCUUAUGAAGUUUUGCCAAAAUCUGACCUACCAGACAGGAGUCAUUGUCACUUCCUGUUUUGUGGCAAAACAGGAAGGACUUCCUCUAGGCUUUUGAACAUACCAUUUGUGGUUAUUAAGAGUUGGUGGAUAAUGUUUUAAUUUUAAAUCAUACAUAGGGAGAAGCUGAAUGACUCAUCCAAUAAUCCUCUGUUUCUUCUCUGAGCUUUGGUCACCUGACUGAAUAUUUCUUGAUUAAGCUGUCACAAUUCUGAUUGCUCACCUCUAAGUGUUGGGAACUGGGGUUUUGGCUCUUUGUGGGGAUUUUCUGUUUGCCUGCUGUUUCCCUCGUCAUCCACUAGAUGGUGCCUAGAGGCUGCACUUACCUGGAGGGUGUGCCUCCUGUCCGGAUUCAGCUCACCUGUGAUCAAUCACCUUGUUAUCUAGGAGUAUAUGAGGAGCAGGCUGCCAGCACUUUGACACCUGAGUGUUUGCCAGUUAUAGUACUCUGAGCCUCCCUGAGUCUGCUCUCUGAGUUAAGAUUAUCUUGAGCGAUAAUUUCCUGUUGAAUUUCGCCCAGGUGUUUCCUCGUGGUACUUUGGAUUCAACCCACUGUGUAACUUGAGUUCCUGGCUUUCUGGUUUCCCCUCGUGACGCCGUAGAUCUUACCCACUGGUUGCCUGAGUCCCUCUCCACCUCAGGUCAGAUGUAGAAUCAUUGACAGUUCCUGGUUUCUCGGCUGGCUAUCGGGACCACUCCUCACUUCUCCUCACAAGUACUUACCUGUCUGUCCUUCACCACAAGCCUCUUCCAUCUGCCUCCAAAGAACUCUCCGUCAAGAUCACACUGAAACUUGGAUUAUCUCAAGAACCCCCUGCAAAGUGACCACAACCCCAGAGGCCACAGUACUUCUCCCCCUGGUAGAAACUAACCACUUCAUCAAAGUUCAGAAGACCCCGGCUUCCCGUCCACAGGACAAGAAUCACACAAUCUCAUAUUUCAUCAUUGUUUAAAUAAACUUCAUCUGAUUUCCUGUUCUCCUCAUUGUGUUCCUAACCCUGAAAGACAUGAACCCAACAUGACACUAAGUCUCUCUUUUUUCUUCUUUUUCUUUUUACAGUUUUGCUUUCAACAAAUUUUAAUCCCGGACCUCAUUGACUCUCCUCCUGUUUAUUUCACAUCAUUAGGUUUGGGAUUUGAGUGACAUUGAUAAAGACGGCCAUCUGGACAAGGACGAAUUUGCAGUGGCCAUGCACCUUGUGUAUCGGGCCUUAGAGAAGGAGGCGAUUCCCGCGCUCCUUCCCUCUGCCCUCAUCCCUCCAUCAAAGAGGAAGAAGAGCCUCUGCUCAGUGCAAGGUCCUGUUCCUGGACUACCAGCCAGCCCCCCACCACUAAAAGACUCACUACAUUCCACACCCUCCCAUGGCAGCAUGACAUCACUCAACAGCACCGGCAGCCUGUCACCCAAACACACUCUCAAGUCAGGACUGCAUUCACUGAAUUGGGUGGUGCCAUUGUCAGAACGUGGUCGCUAUGAUGACAUCUUUCUGAAGACGGACGCAGAUCUGGAUGGCUUUGUCAGUGGACAGGAAGUAAAGGAUAUCUUCAUUCAAUCUGGACUUUCUCAGAACAUCCUUGCACAUAUAUGGUCUUUGGCAGAUACAAGACAGAUAGGCAAACUGAACAGGGAGCAGUUUGCCCUUGCGAUGCACCUCAUCCAUCAGAAAGUAGGGAAGGGUAUUGACCCACCCCAAGUCCUCACUGUUGACAUGAUACCUCCGUCAGAGAGAGGAACUCCCAUACCUACAAUGUCCGGAUAUAUGACUCCAGUAGGAUCAGAGAUGGUUGCUCUGUCAGAAAUGAGAAGGGACAGCUCUAGUUCAGUGGGUUCAGGGGAGUUCAGUGGCAUCAAGGAGCUUGAUGAUAUUAGUCAGGAGAUAGCCCAGUUGCACAGGGAGAAGUACACUCUGGAUCAGGAUAUUAGGGAGAUGGAAGAAGCUAUCAGACAAAAGAGUGCUGAGGUGCAGGAGAUGCAGAAUGACAUGGACAGAGAGACAACCAAUCUGCAGGAACUGGAGGCGCAGAAGCAAGAUGCUCAGGACCGUUUGGAGGAGAUGGAACAGCAAAAGCAUAAAUUGGACGAUAUGUUGAAUGAAGUACGCCAGAAGUGCAAGGAAGAAUCUCAAUUGAUCUCAACUCUUCAGAGGCAGAUCCAUUCCCAGGAGUCAGAUUUGCAAAACCAGGAGGAAGAACUUAGCCGAGCAAAGGCUGAUUUGGACCAUCUACACCAGGAGGAGAGACAGCUGGAACAGAGCCUGGCUGCUGGCAAGAUUCAACUGGAAACCAUCAUCAUUUCUCUGAAGUCGACUCAGGAUGAAAUCAACCAAGCUCGCGGCAAGUUAUCCCAGAUUCAGGACUGUCAGCAGGAGAUGUCUAAAGGAAUUGAGCAGUACAGCAGCACCUUAAAUGGUACCAAUGGAGGCAGUAUGACAAACCUGGCCGACAUGAGCGAAGGCUUCAAUGACAAAGAGAGUGGAGGCUUUUCAGCUGCAGGGAAGGGUAGACAGGAAGAUAUAUUCAAAGUUAAGCCAUCAGUGUUCUACAAUCGGCCUCAAGACCUUCAGUCGGACCUUUUCAACUCUGAAGACCCAUUUAAAACAGACCCAUUCAAAGGUGACCCAUUUGAAAGUGACCCAUUUGGAAAGGCAUCAUCUACAUCUACAGAUCCCUUUGAAGGAGAUCCUUUUAAAGAAACGGAUCCAUUCAAGGCUUCAUCUGAAGAUUUUUUUAAGAAGACUACAAAGAUGGAUCAUUUUUCCACAACAGAUCCUUUUUGUAAAAGUGCUACUUUACCCUCCAAGCAAACGAGUCACUUUGCAGGAGGUGACCCAUUUUCUACAAACCACCAGAAACCUAGAGGAUCAGAUCUGUUCUCAACACUGGACCCCUUUGGGAGUAGUACGUUCAACAGUGCCACAAACAGCUGCACUGACUUUGCAGACUUCAGCCACAUGUCAAAAGCCAGAGACCCCUUUGAAGGAAGGGCCAACUGGCUUCCAGAUUAUCAGAAGCCAGUAUUUGUAGAUGACCCUUUCACCAGGAAAACAGACAUGCCAGCUCUGCCACCUAAAAGAAGUAUACCGCCAAGGCCCAAACCACCCAGCGGUACAACAACACCAGUAAGCUUGAUUGCCACAGCAGAUCCUUCCAAACCAUGUGACCCUUUCCAGGCUUUUGGUGCUGAUGUCAUAGACCAUUUUCAGGCUAAAAAAGGUCUAGGUGACCCAUUCAGUGGAAAAGAUCCCUUCAUCCCAUCAUCAGCAUCAAGUAAUGCUCCUAAAGAAUCUACCUCCGGUUUUACAGAUGUCAGUUCCACCAGGUUGUCGGAUUCUGUCUCGAUCGAUCCACCCGGUGGAGUUCCAGAAAAGCCCUCGCUCUCUGACAGGCCUGCUAUGGAGAUGAGGGUCUUGGUGAUCAGCCCUCUCCUGGCUGUCCACCGGAAGGACGAACCGGGAAGAAUCCUGUUCGUGACGCCAAAUUGUGGAGCGAGAAAAAUUAACAAAGUCCAAACCUUGUUAAAGAGGAAGAACAAAACACAGCUUUAUUUUACAUCUGCACAGAUGGAGAACUCAGAAGAGAUCUAACUAGACAAAGGAAUCACCUCUCUACAUAAACUGUAUACUGUCCUUCUCCCGCAGACAGAGUGUCGCCACCAACAUUCCCAAGGAGCUAAUCAGAUUAAUACACACACAGAGAAAAAUGCAACUUUCAGUUAAAAAUGGGUUUCUGACAGAAUAUUCUGUGUCUAAUAAUAAUCACUGAGCUGUCGGUCUGGUCUUGUCCCUCUGCAAGGUAUGACAACUAUUUACUUAUCGCCUGUUGCUAAGCUUCUAACAUACUGAGGCAAACUGUGAAGGCUAAAAAGAGAAACAAUGACUCUGUAAGACUGAGUGAGACAUUAAAUGAUUAAACAUUGUAAGAUUAAUAUUAAAUAAACUUCUAAUAAAAGUAAACACACUGUAAAUAAUUAUUUUAUUCCACAGCCCCAAGCCAUGGUUUAACCCAGAAUUAUGAAACUUGGCACACGUAUGUAUCUUGUCAGGACCUACAAAAAAGUCUCCUGGAGCCAUAAACGCAACAGGAAGUCGGCCAUUUUGGAUCAAAGCCACCAUUUCCUCUUUUUUAUACACGUCACAUCUAAUCUAACUCUUCCUACAGCUAUUGAAAUACAGACUUCAGAAUCACUCAGGAGAGUCUUCAGGUAUUGAAGGUGAGAAGUUAUCACAGAAUUUUUUUUGUACAUCAAAGCAUGUGGAUGUGGCUAAGUGUCAAACUUUGACUAUUCGCCAUGAAACAUCAAGACAUAACUUCCACAUGCAAGGUCACAGCUGCAUCAGACUUCAUAUGUCUCACUACAGACCAGUCCUGAUCACAUUGUCAUGGUCAGUUGAUGUCAUCACCUUAGCCCUGCCCAGGAAGUUACCUAUUUUUUCUACUGUAUGUCUUACUUUUACUCUAUGGUUCAUAUGGGUUUAAUCCUGUGACAACUGACAUAAGAUGACAUGAUGAUGAACUCUGUCAAUGCUCCCUGCUGGCUGAAUCGUGUGGGCGUGGCCAAAUGGCGAAUUGCAGUCCCUCGCCAUAUGCAUAUGAUUGUCUCUAAAUCACACAUGGAUCAUCUGUUUUGCGCCAAAAUGUAUAUGUAUAACCUUUGUUCACCUCUAAAGAGCCCAACAGCAUUGAAAUGUAAUUUGGCUCCACUGUGCCCCCUAGUGGAGGGGGCAAACUUCCCCAAGCAAAGUUUGGGGAGUGGGAAAGGAGGCCAUCAGCUAUAUCUCCUCACUAUAUCAGUCGAUCUGCACGAGAUGUUGCGUGCUUCACCAGGGAGCGCUGCUGAAAACACAAUACAGCUAAUAUCAACAUAAGUCACCAGAUAAAGCAUCAAUCCAGCUGUUCAGAUACACAUUCUCCCAAAAGCAUAAACAACAUCAAAGCAACCCAUGAAAUACAGAACAUUGCAUCUGUUGCACAUAGGCCAUGUUAACAUAAUAAUUAUGUAAAUAUACAUUGUUAUAUGUUUUCUGUUUUUUACUAAUUGUGUUUUGUGGGUUAGAGUACAAAGAUUCAUUAAUUUUGGCUAAAAAUAAUAUAAAGUAUGUCAUUCAUCAGCAGUCACUGUUCAGCAACUAUUUCUGUAAUUUGCCAGUAGGGGUCAGUAUUACUCUACCAAUGACAAAGAGAUUGAGGGAGAAGCAAAGUUUUCAGAGAAAUAACUUGCAUCAGACAGGGAGCGCACCGUAUCAAAUUGACAAAAACAUGAUGAAUAACUACACCAGUAUUUUGCCAGUAGGGGUCAGUGUCACUCCACCAAAGAGAUCGACGGAGAAACUCAUACGGUUUCCAAAGGUUACAUAACUUUUUAUGAUUGACUUGUGAACCUCUAAGGCGCCCAAUAGCAUUGAAUUGUAAUUUGACUCCACUGCGCCCCUAGGUUAACCCAUCAGCUAUAUCUCCUCGCUACAUCAGCUGAUCUGCAACAGAUUUUUUGUGCAUCGUCGAGGAGUGCUGCCAAAUGCAUCGAUGUGUAUCGCCUGGCGACCGGGCGCAGGAACUGCGCGAGAACAUCUGCGGUGGCGAGCAGACGGCGGUCCUGGAACCCCUGCGGUCACCAAUAAUCCGGAGCGGCGCUGAGCUGCAAGGGCCGCCCGACGCCGCUUGCGGCUUUAAUUUGUUUUUCUUUUUUAUAUCAUCUUGGGAUUUUAUCUUCAAAAGAAAAACAGGCUAGAAACAAUCAAGGUCUAAAGAGGACAUUUCUUGUCUUGCCCCCCUUUUUGUAAUAUGUAAUUGUAUUUUUGAGCAGAAUGAACCACUUUUUUUGGAGAUCUUCAAUAAAAACAAAGUAAAAAAAAGUUCAGAAUCAAUGUCGCUCGGUUUUACUGUUAAAAAUUCACAAAUUAGAUGCUGUGGUGGCACAGGGGUUAAGCACAGCCCACAUAAGGAGGCCUUAGUCCUCGACAUGGCCAUCACAGGUUCGAUUCUCGGCCUGGUGAACUUUGCUGGAUGUGUUUCCUCUCUCUCAUUACCCUACUUUCCUGUCAUAGCAUUUUCAAGUAAAGGCCACUGUCAUGGUAUGAGGGAAGACAAGAGAGGUAAUUGUCAGUCAAAAAGCUGUGCUUCUUUAUUUAGCUACAGCAUGAACAUGAACUGCAUCGUAUUCGAAAUAGUUUCUCUGUAUAUAUCAGCCCUGAUAGGGAUUAUUAUACCCUUUUGAAACGCAAUCUCAGAAUCUAAGAGGCAGUUUUAUUUUACGUCCCCUGGAAGUUGUUCUCACAGGAAUAGAUGGCAAGAGGGAGGAUCCUGAGGAAGGGCUUACUACUGGCUGGUUUGAUGGUGAUUCAGAUGGAAUGGUCACCUCUGUAGCUGGGGAUCUGCAGUCCUGCUGUGACACUGCAGGGUCAACAAUAUGUUGUGCUGCAGAAGUAUCAGUCGCAGGAACCUCCUGAUGAUGACGUCUGUUGCAUUGAGCCACGCUCCAGUUGGUCAUUUCUAUUUGGUAGGAUCUCAGCUCCUUAGACUUGCUGACGACUUUGGCAGGCGCUGUCCACCCUUUUUCCAAAACAAGUUUCACUCUCACCGAACCAGAGCGAAGUUUGGGGAGUGGGCAAGCUGAAUAUCUGUGGUUGUAGAAGAAUCUGUAAGAAUCUUUAGCUUUGGCAUUCUUUAAGUAGACUAAGUCUGGGUUGACUGGGUUUGGCAUCAAUGUUUUUUUCAGGACAGGAAUAGUGGUACUUAAAUAUCGGCCAGUCAUAAGUUGAGAUGGACUGGCACCUGUUGCUGCUUUUGGUGUGGAGCAGUAACUCAUAAGGGCUAAGGCUAAGAGGUCAGGCUGUUUAAUUAUGUACUUGGCAUUCUGAACAGUCCUUUCUGCAGCUCCAUUAGAUUGCGGGUAAUGAGGGCUGGAGGUUAUGUGAGUAAAACCAUACCUCUACUUGAACUCAUGAAACUCUGUCGAUGUUAACUGUUUCCAAUUGUCACUGACAAGUUCCAGUUGACAAGUUGUGAGAUGCUCCAUCUCACAAAUAUGUGUUUGAGCACCUGAGUGCUGGAAGUGGUGGUGAAGGAAGCAAUUUUAAUGUCCCUGGAAAAAUAAUCAACAGCAACGAGAUAUGUCUUACCCUCAAGCACAAAAAGGUCAACUACAAUUCUCUGCCAUUGACCUUUUUGUCAAUGGCUGGUGACAAUGGCUGGUGACAGCUUCCUGCCCAAUGGUUGGGCAGGAAGCUGUCACCAGUGGUUCACGUCUCUGUUUGUGCUCUCUGCAAAAACCACAACUUCACUUUGCUUAUCAUCUGCGCACCAAUCUUUGGCCACCACACUGUCAACUUAGCUCGCUCAUGACCCUUGGUGAGGCCCUGGUGACCUUCAUGUAGUUGGUCUAAAACAUCAGCUCAGAGUGCUGUUGGAACAACAAUGCGGUCUUGAUAAAGGACCAGCCCAUCUGACUAUGAUAGGUGAUUUCUGGCUGCAUAGUACCCAUGAAGUAGUGAGCUCUCUGCCAUAUUGUGAGGCCACUCUUCUCAGAUGACAAACAUGAUUACUUUUUGAAGCACAGCGUCAUUUCGUGUAGUCUGGUGGAUUUCCUCAAGCUUUGGUGACUUGAUUGGUUUGCUAGCCACCAUAGUGUUGGCAUAUGCCUUUACUUGUGUUUCAGUUUCCAGAGCGUAACUGUCUUUCAACAGAUGUCUGGAGAGUGUGUCGGCGACUACGAGCUGCUUACCAAGAACAUGUUCUUGGUAAGCAGCUCGUAGCUCAUGUUCAUCCACCACGACAACAGUUCCUUUCAGGUUCUUAAGUAGAUUACUCAUCAAUUGCUGAAAAAUCUCAGGAGCAGAUGUAAUCCCGAAUGGUAGGUGUUUGAAGCAAAUACAGCCCAUCGGGAUAAUGAAUGUGGUCAGUCUUUGACAGCUGAGGUCCAAUGGAAUUUGCCAAAACCCACCAGAGGCAUCCAGACUGGAGAAAAUUGUAGCUCCGGCCGGCUUAGGUGUUAUGUCAUCUAAAUGUAACAUGUAGCGUUCACGCUUCAGACACUUGUUCAAUCGUUUUAAAUCUACACACACCCUGACUUCAUCCUUGUUGCUUUUUGGAGCAGGCACCACUGGGGCACACCAAUCUUUUGGUUCAGUAACCUCCUCAAUGAUCCCAAGAUUUAGCAUCCGCUUUAGUUGUUUCUCCACUUUUGGAAGGAGGGGAAAAGGGACUCGGCUUGGUGUAUUGACACCGAAUGGAAGUGCCUCUUCUGUCAGCUCAAUUUUAACAGACACACAGUUCAGUAGUCCUAUUUCUCUGAACAUGUCACUGGAUAACAUAUAGUCACCACUGAUAGCAUUGACGUGUUUGACCAGUCAAUGCUAACCUUUAAUAACUGUUCUUUACAGUCCUUUAAUAACUGUAAUCCAGUACUGGUAUCUCUGACCUUUGUGUGUGGUGGUAGUGAGGAAAGUGCCCACACAUCUGACCUUUCCACCUGGACUGUACACUGUUGAUCUGGCUUUAUGGAGUUUUGGGUUUUGCUGUAGAUUAUUGAAAGUUGCAUCUGUCAUGACUGUGGUAUCAGCACCAGUGUCAAUUUGAAAGUUCACAGGGCUGCCAUUCACCAGCAGCUCAACGUCCAAUUGUCUGUCUGAAUCCGACUCCUGAUUGACAUUUGACUUUGCUGUUGCUCUCAGGAACAGUUUACCAAUAAAAAACGAAUCCUCAUCUGAAUCUGUAACAGCUUCAGCGCUAACUUGUUUUAGCAUUUUAGUUUUACACAGCCUCAAAAUUUCCCAUUGUUACACUUUCUGCAUCUUUUAUUUCAGGCUGGACAGUUUUCUUUUCUGUCAUUCGUCCUAUUGCAUCUCUGACAAUUCUCUGUUCUCGCCAUAUUUCUGCGCUUGUUUCUGCUUUGACUUCUCAUAGAAGCUCUUUGUGCUGCUAAACUGUUUCUGUCUCAUCUUGCCUGUAGUUUCCACGCGCUCUGCACUUUGCUGCUUCACUUGUUUACUAUGAUGUGCAAGCUGGAUGGCUCUCUCCAGAGUCAGGUCCGCUUCCACACCGUGUUCCAAAUUAUUAUGCAAAU